AUGGCGACCGUCGGCGCAGAGACGGCAAUGACAGCGCGUCAGGACUCGUUGGUUAAGACCAGGCAUCACUCAUUCUCCGGUUCAGGAGGGAUAUCAGGGCACAGAACCAAAAUGCAAGUAGACCUUCGCCAGUGUGAACUAUCGCUGCACCCAAAAGCGGCACCAAAGAAUGACCAGGGUUAUCCGGAGAACGCCAUUGAAGAGACACGCCAGAUUGGCAAUAAGCGCGCGAUGGUCUGCCAACGCGAUCGUCGAAUCAUCACGCGUAAAGGGCUUUUCAUCACAAUCCACGCCAAGCUCCGCGGAGCUGAAGGGAAACGUGGCUUGUUCAGGACGGACGGCAUCAAUCGGAUGUCUGAUCUCCCGGUCCUGCCAGGAGAUUAA